UGGCGGGCGGUGGCGACGGCGCGAGCCGAGCCCGCCGCGGGGCGGAGGGCUUUCCCUGCCCGAGCCCGAGCUCCCCGCGUCUGGGCGGGCGCGGGGCGCGGCGAGGGGCCGUCACGGGCCGCGCGGGUGUGCGGGACGUGUGCCCCCGGCCGUCCGCAGCCCCUGCGGGAGCCGCCCCCACCGACCGCGCUCCGCAGAGCUGGACCGAAAGUGACCUUUUAGGAAGCCGGGAGGCCCCCGGGGCUCCUGCCCUGAAGCCCCCCGUGUUGCUAGAAUGUCCUUAGACGCCGGUGUUGUCUGUGGUGAGCAUACUGAAGACCCGCAGUUCGUGAACCUGCCCAAGUUCACGUGUUCUGGGCCCACGGCUGGCCGCACAGAGCCUCACUGAGCAGCCUGGCUCCCGGACUCUCCUGAGGGUCUUCAAGUUCCAGAGGGAGCAGCUGGAGCGAGAACACGCUGUCCUGGUUGAGUGCCCGGGUUCAGAGCGAGCCCACCUUUGCUGUCACUGAUUUUUACUGCUUACGGAGAGCACGACUUUGGACGUCAGCCGUGAGCUAUUCUCAGUGCACUCUGCAUAAAAACACCGUGAGAUGUGUCAUUCACAGAAGAAACCUUGUCGGCCUUGUAGUUCAUUGAAAAACUCUGGUAAAACUGGAAAUACUCGUUUCAUGUGUUUUCAUUGAGAAGAAAGCUGGAAUUAUACUGUGGUUUAGAAAAAGUAUAAUGUCUCAGGAAGGUAAUUACGGGAAGUGGACAAUAUCCAGUAGUGAUGAGAGUGAGGACGAAAAGCCGAAACUGGACAAGCCAUCCACUUCUGCCCCUCCCCACGCCGGGCAAGGCACAGCAUGUGAGCCAAGGUACACCUGUUCUGAGGCUCGCAAAGCUGCGCACAGGAGACAGGCGUCCCCUGUGAGAUUCAGCAACACAGAUUCGGCUUCACCUCCCAAAAAGCAAAAAAGUGGUUCCCAGGGAGACCUGGGCUGGUGUCUCUCCAGCAGCGACGAUGAGGUCUCCCCAGAGUCCCAGCCAAAGCAGGCCAAGGAAGCCGUGGGCUGCGAGGAGCCAGACGUCUCUUCUCCCAGAGACGGCACUGCCCAGACAGGUGGAAAUCACGGCCCUGCUGCCAGCCACAGGCUCAAAGAGGAGGGGGAAGACAAGCAUGAGACGGCGGGGGAAGGCCAGGACCUUUGGGACAUGUUGGAUCGAGGGAACCCCUUCCGCUUUUACCUCACUAGAGUCUCGGGAAUCAAGCCCAAGUACAACUCCGGAGCCCUCCACAUCAAGGAUAUUUUAUCUCCUCUAUUUGGGACACUUGUUUCUUCAGCGCAGUUUAACUACUGCUUCGAUGUGGACUGGCUCAUAAAACAGUACCCACCAGAGUUCAGGAGGAAACCCAUCCUGCUGGUGCAUGGUGAUAAACGAGAGGCCAAGGCUCACUUACAUGCCCAGGCCAAGCCUUACGAAAACAUUGCCCUCUGCCAGGCAAAGUUAGAUAUUGCGUUUGGAACACAUCACACGAAAAUGAUGCUGCUGCUUUAUGAGGAAGGCCUCCGGGUUGUCAUCCACACCUCCAACCUCAUCCACGAGGACUGGCACCAGAAAACUCAGGGGAUAUGGUUGAGCCCCUUGUACCCACGACUUGUCCAUGGAACCCACAGAUCUGGAGAAUCGACAACACAUUUUAAAGCUGAUCUCAUCAGUUAUUUGAUGGCUUACAAUGCUCCUUCUCUCCAGGAGUGGAUAGACACCAUCCAUGGGCAUGACCUCUCUGAAACAAACGUUUACCUUAUUGGUUCAACCCCGGGACGCUUUCAAGGAAAUCAAAAAGAUAAUUGGGGACAUUUUAGGCUGAGGAAGCUUCUGAAAGAACACACCUCGUCCGUCCCCCAGGCCGAGUCCUGGCCCAUCGUGGGCCAGUUUUCUAGCAUUGGCUCCUUGGGGGCUGAUGAGUCAAAGUGGCUCUGCUCGGAGUUUAAAGAGAGUUUGCUGACCCUGGGGCAGGCAAGCAGGACUGCAGGGAAAAGCACCGUUCCUCUGCAUUUGAUCUAUCCUUCUGUGGAAAAUGUGCGGACCAGCUUAGAAGGAUAUCCUGCUGGGGGCUCUCUUCCCUAUAGCAUCCAGACAGCUGAAAAACAGAAUUGGCUGCAUUCCUAUUUUCACAAAUGGUCAGCCGAGACAUCUGGCCGCAGCAACGCCAUGCCACAUAUUAAGACCUACAUGAGGCCCUCUCCAGACUUCAGCAAAAUUGCUUGGUUCCUUGUCACAAGCGCCAAUCUGUCCAAGGCCGCCUGGGGCGCGCUGGAGAAGAACGGCACCCAGCUGAUGAUCCGCUCCUACGAGCUUGGGGUCCUCUUCCUCCCUGCUACAUUUGGCCUGGACAGCUUCAACGUGAAACAGAAAUUCUUCUCCAGUCACCAGGAGCCAGCAGCUGCCUUCCCUGUGCCGUAUGAUCUGCCCCCAGAACUGUAUGGAAGUAAAGAUCGGCCGUGGAUUUGGAACAUCCCUUACGUCAAAGCGCCAGACACACAUGGGAACAUGUGGGUGCCCUCCUGAGCGUCUGCAGUCGUAGGACGUGGAGCCCCAGCACCGAGUGUUCCUGGCCGUACUGGGUGCGCACGUCCCUGAAGGUGAUACUUGCGCUUCUGCAGAGGUCACACUUGUGACCAUGGGUGUAUGUUUAAUCAUCACUGACAUUCUCACUGAAAAGAAGAAGUGUCCCUUUGUUAAUUCACUUUUAUAUGCUUUGAAAAGAAACCUAUUAAACGUCACAAUGUUGAACACA